UGUUGAUCGUGGCUAACGCACCUGCGCGCGGAUCGUUGGUUAGAGUUGUUGGAGAAGUGAACUGCAUUAAAAUUAUUAACAGAAGUUUACAUACAAAUACAACUACGAAAAUCAACAUACAGUUGAAGUGCCACUUAAAUGAUAUAAAUAUCUACCUUAAAAACAAAAAACAAUGCCAAGCAUUUCAGAGCUUACAAACUAGCAAAAAACUAGCAGAAACAUAUUGAAAAAACCACUUGGAUACUUGAGGACGCAAAGAUAAAGCCCAGAGAGCCUGGGGCUUUCUUCUGUUUAACCGACAGUUCCAACGGAAUGUGAAGAGCCCCCGUCCAAUAGAAUGCCCACGGAAAGCUCAUCCAGCGAGAUCUCCGGCGGAGGAGGCGGUGCGAUACCCAUGCUGCGGCCUUCCCGGAUGGAUCAGUUCAUGAACUCGAUGGCGGCGGCAGCGGCGGCGGUGGGUGGCGGUGGUCUUCCUGGUGCGGCGGAUAGGAAUGGCGGAGCCGGAGGAUCGGAUGGUGGCUCCCAGAAUGGCAACGGCGAUUCGCGCAACUCAUCGGCCAGCCGGAUCUCGGCGUAUGAAACACAGCUGGCCUAUCAGCAGCAUUUGGCCGGACUGCAUGGACCGCCGCCACCACCGUCGCACCACCGCGAGAUCUCUGCCUUUGUGCCGGUCCUGCCCACCGGAAAGGUGCGUCCCGGCAGUAAUUCCAAUUACGAAAUCAUUGCCAUGAUGGCGGACAAGCGCAAGGAGUUGGCUCUAAGGGAGGCGGCUGCGGCAGCGGCCAUGUUGGGCCGUGGUCCUGGAGGACCCGGUGGUCCUGGUGUGCCGCCGCCUGGUGUGCUGUAUGGACCAGCUGGCGUGCCACCUCCGCCAUAUCUCACCGGACCGGGUCCAUCGCCCACGGGUGCCGGCAGUUUUCCAUUUCCCCCCGGCGCCGCCGCAGCAGCUCUAUUUCCACCUGGCCUGGGUCCGGGAAUGCAUGCUGGACUGGAUAGACGUCUGCUGCGUGCUCCUGGACGGGCCUCUCGGCCCAAGAAACAAUUCAUCUGCAAGUUCUGCAAUCGACAGUUCACCAAGUCGUACAAUCUGCUCAUCCACGAGAGGACACACACGGACGAGCGGCCCUAUUCCUGUGAUAUCUGCGGCAAGGCGUUCCGGCGACAGGAUCACCUGAGGGAUCACAGGUAUAUUCACUCCAAGGAGAAACCCUUCAAAUGCACGGAAUGCGGCAAAGGCUUCUGCCAAUCGAGGACCUUGGCCGUCCACAAGAUCCUGCACAUGGAGGAAUCGCCACACAAGUGUCCCGUUUGCAGUCGAUCCUUCAAUCAGCGCUCCAACCUGAAGACCCAUCUGCUCACCCACACGGAUCACAAGCCCUACGAGUGCUCGUCGUGCGGCAAAGUUUUCCGCCGGAACUGUGACCUACGACGUCAUGCCCUGACCCAUGCCGUGGGCGAGGUCAAUUCCGGCGACUAUGUGGAUGUGGGCGAGGAGGACGAGGCCAGGAAUUUGAGUGGCGACGAGGAGGAUUCGCUGCUGGAGGUGGACUCGCCGCGCCAGUCGCCAGUGCACAACUUGGGCGACUCCGGAGUUGCGGGUGAGAAAUCGGAGUCCGAAAGAAUGAGACUCAAGCGCAAGGCGGCCAUCGAUCAGGAGGAAAGCGAAGAGGAGUUCGAUGACUUCGACGAGGAGGAGGAACUGCAGGAUCUGCCGAGAGUACAUGAUUUGCCCCGGGAGGAGGACGACGAGUUUGAUCCCGAGGACGAGGAGCAGGCAGAGGUGGCACUGGUGGCUCGUUUCCAGGCGAGCAAGGCUGCAGCCACGUCACAACCAUCAUCAUCGUCGGUGGGCAGCAAGCCGGAACGCCAGGGCGUGACCCACUGCCAUCAUGAGGGCGGUGAAACCUACACAAUGCGGCCACAUGGCGAGAAACAUCAGGAGGAGCCCGGCAACUCUGGCCUUACCAGCCUACCCGUUCCACCAUUUGUGCGAUAUCCUGUACCACCAGGAGCAGCUGCACCACCGCCUGCACCACCCGGGGCUCCACCACCGACCCACCAGCACCCCGGACAUCCACACCUACUCCCACCCAACGGCGAUCCCUAUUUGCCCAUUCUGCACGUUCGACGCGACUUGCACCACAAGAGCUUGAACCUUUCGAGUGGUGCUCCACCGCCACCACAUACACCACCCACUAUAAUAACCCAACCGGAGUCGGGUAAACCACCCAAUCAACCAUUGCAUUCGCCGCACGAAGCCAUGCCCAGUUUUUUGGGCUCGAUUCCCAUGCGAAAGAGGAUUCUUCCGGCGCCGACCUUGGACUUGAUGGAUCCGCACCACCAUCCUGGAUUGGGUCAAAGGACCUUCGUGGAUAGUCCCAGCAUAUAUGCGCUGAAUAUGUCGCGACAUCCGCCCAGACAACUUUUGGGAAAACCACCGAGUACGGAAACUAGUGGAGCCACCACCGAGAAGGGACCACCAGUGGCACCACCGCCCAUAGCACCACCGCCUGCACCACCCAGAAGAACAGGGUUCAGCAUUGAGGACAUAAUGAGACGUUAGAAAGAAACUGCGCAAGAACUAGUAAACUAUUCAUAAAUGGAGGUGAAAUCGGAAUAGAGAAAUAAUAUAACUUGGGGAACUAUUUAUCAAAGCUCUUACGGAUUUGAAAUAUCGAAAAGAUAUCAAAUAAAUACAGAGCGGUCCAAAAUCUUUGUUCUUGUAUAACAUGUAGAAGAUCUUAAGCAUCAUUUCCGAUUUUUCCUAAACUGAUCAGCUGAAAAUCGUAACCUUUAUGACGACAAACAAUUAUGGUUCCCGAUGGUCAAACGAGCGAUCUCCGUUUUGGACCCACAAGUACAUUAAAAUAUAAUUAGAUCUACGUUUUAAUACUUUUUAGUACAAUGUCUAGGCAAGGCAAUAAACCUAAACUAAGUAAGAAAAACAGUUACACCCCUAAGCGAUAAUUGUAAGCGAAACAAAAAAACUCUGUUGUUGCAUUUUAUAAAGCUCUUAUGCGUUAGGAACUUAGCUUAAAUCUGCCCAUUUAAAUGUUUAAGCCUUUAGUACGAGAGUCUAUCGAUUAGUGUUUAAUGUCAUGGCCCAACACUAAGUGUUGCUGUUUGCUGAGUGAAUUCCAAUUUUUUAUUUAUGUUUCCUUAUCCGGUAAGCUAAUCUUAAUGAGUAAACAAAAUCGUAAAUCGAUUUUGCUGUAGGGAAUAAAAUGGUUGAAAGUAAAAGCUAGUGUAAAGCAGAGCAUAAACAAAAUCAAACUACAAGCAACAUUCCAGUUGAACCCUUAUGUAAUUAGGCUUAAAGUUUAAGAGUUUUGCAUUAGUUUAUGUAAGCAAACCCAUAAUUUUCCAUGGUCUUCCUUCAAUUUUAAAUGAUUUUAUUCAAACCAUAGCGAGUUAGUUGAUUUCAA